AGCUUCAUACGUGCCUUAUCGUCUUGCUACGUUGAUCGAUAGAGCUUUGAUCACUCAUCUCCAUAAUAAGGGAUGGAAAACACACGCCAUCGGUCUCACCACUAAACCCCAACUAUUGUUUAUCAUGGCUUCCUCAACUUUCUCCCCUGCAGCUCCUUCGCAGCUAUGCUCCGGCAAGAGUGGCAUGUUCUGCCCAUCACAAGCGUUUCUUGUGAAACCAACGAGGACCCAUUUGGUCAAAAAUGAAAAGGGAAUGAGGAUCACAUGCCAGGCCACUAGCAUCCCCGCCGAUAGAGUGCCAGACAUGGGCAAGAGGCAGCUCAUGAAUCUGCUUCUGUUGGGGGCUAUUUCACUCCCCUCAGGUUUCAUGUUGGUUCCUUAUGCAGCCUUCUUUGUCCCAUCUGGGGGACGGGGUACCGGUGGUGGCACCGUUGCCAAGGACGCAAUCGGAAACGAUGUAAUUGCUGAAGAAUGGCUCAAGACUCAUGGCCCUGGGGACCGAACCCUGACUCAAGGAUUGAAGGGAGACCCAACCUACCUAGUGGUAGAGAAAGACAGAACUCUUGCAACAUAUGGUAUAAAUGCUGUGUGCACACACCUUGGGUGUGUUGUUCCGUGGAAUCAAGCCGAGAACAAGUUCAUAUGCCCCUGCCAUGGAUCCCAAUACAACGAUCAAGGUAGAGUUGUGAGAGGACCUGCCCCCUUGUCGUUGGCAUUGGCACACGCUGGUGUUGAAGACGGGAAGGUAGUAUUUGUUCCAUGGGUGGAAACAGAUUUCAGAACCGGUGAUGCUCCAUGGUGGUCUUAAAUAUCUCCACAACCAUUGGCUCAGGCUGUUUGUUGGGUUAUAUUUGAGAUUUAUUCAGUCGGUAUGUUUUGUAGCGUUGCUAAACAUAGGUUGCAAGACCCUAUUUCCAAAUUAGAAUUGGUACGAGUAUUCUUGUUCUACUAAAAAUUUAUAUAUAGGAUAAUUAUUUGUUACAUUAGUUGUGAAAAGUAUUUCACGAGCAGAGUUGAGAUUUUAUCAUGUGUUCUUAAAUUGUAUUUAAAAAAAAUUUAAAAAGUAAAUAAGACGUGGUAAAAUCUCAUUAACUUCCCUUGUAUUUACACUUUAAUUCUUUGGUUUAAUAUCAUUCAGCUUUAUUUCA